AUGGCACUUGCGCUGGCGGAGCUGCAGAUGGUGCCAAUGAUUCCAGCGUUGGAUGUUGGAAGCUCUGUUUGCGCGCCUGUCCGCAGCCGCUACGCGCCCUCUGCGCGUCACAUCGAUUUGACAACUUACAUUGAUUGCUCUUUCCGUAAUACUGUUGAUAUUUCUUCGUCUAAAUAUUUAUUGAAUUUUUUAAAUUCAAAACCUCUUGUAAGUAUUGACGGUGCAGAAAGUUUCGCCGCAAACUGA